ACUUAAAGGAAAAAUGUAAAGGUUCCAUUGACAGUGAUGUUUGGGUCUGAGUAGCAGGUUUUAUUGGGUGACUUCUGGAACAUGAGACUCCUCAGGCAAAGUAGCUAUAGGCUAUAAACUAUAAUAGUAAUAAUACAUAAAACAUUUAACCAUAAUUUACAUUUUAAAAAAAGUAAAGUUCCCCUUUCAAACCUUGCGAUCUAUAGGGCAGAUGAUGUAAAAAAAAAAGGUCAUCUGUUAACUUUUAGACCUACAUUUACAAAUAGAAAAACAAACCCCAAUGAAAUACUCAGAAAGACACAAAAAUAGAGGCACAUUUCUUAUUCCAUACGUUAGAACAAAUUUGCAUAAGUGCUCCUUCAGUGCCAUUAAAGAAUGGAAUGGGUUGCCUGAAUCAGCCAGGAAAACCAAUGACUUAGCAGAGUUUAAGUAAUUGAUUAACAUGACUAGAUUGACACAUGAAGUGUGAAGAACGUUUUCUGCGAAGUGAUGGUGAUUGAAUAUUAGAUUACUUAGAUGAUUAGGCUUAAUUGAUAAAGGUGUUAUUUAUUAUAUAAUCAAGAUCAGAGGACAAAUAUCACAUUUAUCAUCAUGGCUUUAAAAAAUGGAGGAAAAUUGACAUUUGAAGCAAUGAAAGUUCUAGUUGCAGAUCGUGUAAAAACUCAAGGUUUUGAAAACAUAUUUAACAAGAUUAAAGUAGUAUCUGGAGGAAAUGGUCAGUGCUGCUGUGAGCUUCAAGUCAGUCCAAACAUGUUAAAUGCAGCAGGUACUCUUCAUGGAGGAGUAACAGCAUCAUUGGUUGAUGCAGUCUCAACCUAUGCACUAUUCACAGUGGGGAAUGGAAAACCGGGGAGCAGUGUUGACCUAAAUGUAAGUUUUCUAAAGCCCGUGAAACCUGAAGAUGUCUUGGAAAUCUCAGCAAAAACACUUAGCUGUGGUAGCAGGAUAGCCUUCAGCAGUGUGGACAUUAAAAAUAAAGCAACUGGUCAACUAGUAGCUCAAGGACGACACACAAAGUUUGUGGGCUGAUGUAAUGGUAGCUGAAGACAAUAACACCAAGUUUCUGAGCUAGUCAACUCAUAUUUCUGCAUAGCUAGAUAAAAAAUAUUGUUAGAACAAAAGUUUGUGGGCUGAUGUAAUGGUGACUGAAGACAAUAACACCCAGUUUCUGAGCUAGUAAACUCAUAUUUCUGCAUAGCUAGAUAAAAAAUAUUGUUUGAAGUUCAUAGGUUAAACUGUUAUUAUUGCAUAAUUGUCACAGUAAAAAUGUAGCUACACUAGUAUGUAGUCUUGAAAUUAACCUUUGUUAUGAAUGUCUUUACUUUCUUUUUCUUUAAAAAAAAACUAUGUACAUUGUCUUAGAUUUUUUUUGUUCAUUGACUUCAGAAAUGUUUGUUAUGAACAUUUUUAAAAUUUCAAAGCCAAGCCAUUGGAAAAAUUUUUAAAUUUAAAAAAGGAAAAAGUCAAAUAUUUCCUUUCUUUUGUAACUACAUUAACCCAGAAUUAUUACUUUCAAUUGUAUUUCGAAACAGACUUAAUGUUUCUUUUUUUUUCCUUUUUAAAAUCUGCAUUGUUUUUUGUUCCAUUUUUUUCCCACUUACUAAUUUUUUUCUUCGCAUCAUUGAUUCUAUUAUAAAGCAAAAUUAUGGUCAGCAUUCUGUAUGGCAAUAGUUUUUAUGACAAAAUUUUACAACCACCUUUGUUAAUAUAAAAUAUUCUGAUUAAUUAAUGAUCUCUUGCUUUUUAUUAUUAUAAUUUCUUUUAAAAUAAGUAUUAUUUAUUGUUUAUAACUUCCCUCAAGUGAAAAUAAAUGUUUAGAAUUUACUUUCGGAACUUUUCAGAUCCAACAAAACAUAUCUUUGCUGAAGAUUCUAUUUGUAAGUUUCAACAUCUCUGCCUGGUUUGGCAGUUAGAACAUUAAAAAUAAAAGGAAACAAAACAAUAUUCUAAAUGAUGUUUGUAAGAUAAUUUGCAAUGAUUAAGCUCCACCAUGACACUUUUUCAAGAAGAGCAUUCUUAAGGAAACUAAAAGGAUUUUUAAAACAUGUACUAACUUUACUUAGUCAUGGUAUUGACCUUUUACAAUUGCAGCUCUGAUUGAAAAAGUUCACUGAUCAUAACAGACACUUGUGCGCCCUAGACAAUUAUAUUAUUGAAUAAAAGGUGACUAUCGUAUUUCAACUCCACAUAUAGUUUUCUAGUUUGAAUAUGAAUGUACAUUUUGUUUAGCAGCAUUGUAAGAUUUUAGUUAUGUGUAAUGUACUAUUGUGAAAAAAAAUGUCCUCAAGGAUAAUAAAGAUAUUAUUACUAUUUAAAACAUAAACUAAUAAUUAUACUCUUGCACUGCCAAGAUUGGGAGUCAUUAAAGGAAAACAAAAGUUGUUGAAGUUCCCUUGUUAUUAGAAAUGCUGAGUAAAAUCAUAUUAAAUAUGUUAUUGAUAACAAAUUUCUUGGUCUAAUCUUACUGUUUGCCAGUAUGCUGAAUAGUUUUGUCUUGUUCUUAAAAGUGUGGAAUUCAUCUUAAGUGUUUUAGUUGCAACAUUAUUUUGCUGGAUAAAUACAGUAGCUGUCCAUUACAUACAGUAUUAAAAUGAAAGCAUUUUGUGAAAACAUCAGGAUAUUUAAUCUGAGUUGCAAACAUGGCUCAACAAAUAAGUUUGAACAUAAACAAAUUUAUAGAAAAUAUUUUUUUUUAAUUACUUGUUUUCAAAUAUAUUUCCCUGACAAAAAUGAAUGAUGUAACCAAAUUAAAUAUGAAUACAAAGAAGGAACCAUUUAAAUGUAAAAAUUCUGAAACGUGAUGACAGUGAAAAUCAAGAAGUUGAAGUUGAUUCAAAGCUUCAUUGCUAUUUUGUUCUGAAAUAUUUAACAUAAUCUAGGAUGUUCAUUGUGCCAUUGAUUGAGAACAAGAUGUAACACGCACAUAAAUACAAGAGCUUUACUAGUCAUGACAAUACAUUUUGAAAUAACCUGUAUUAGCUGAGCUGAAAAAAAAAAGGUGUUUAAAAUAAAUGAAUUGCAUUGAAACCAUUGGUAUUUUCUGAAUUUAAUUUUUGCUGUUAGGGGGAUUUAUUUGUAAAAAAAUUGUAAGCAGUCUCAAAUAAUACAAUUUGUUUUUUAAAGAUAGCAAGGCUUUAUGGAAAGUUACAUCACUCACAAAACCAGAACAAUAUCAAACAAUUUACUAAAAAAUGAAUGCUGGAGCUUUUUAUUAUGCUGUGUCAAACAUAAGACUAUCUAGGCAUUUCUCUCUUAAAUGAAGGAACUAUUUAUGAAGCUCUCUUUAUCUACAAAGUUAAUGUUAGUAUCACAAUAUUUUAACUAUCUAAAGAUGUUUUACUAGGUGUAAGAAUUGAAAAUGCAUACAAACUACACAGCUGAAAUAGGCAUCAGGUAGAAGUACCAGACAUUUUUUCCUUUUUAAAAAGAUAAUCUCUUUAUUCUAUAAAUAAAGGCAACUGGUUGGGUGUGUAUUUAUAUUGUGUUCAGAAAAAAAACUAACAUACUUUUUCAGAUGAAGAGUACUGCUUGAGUACUUGUAUAAUAAAUUACAAUGUACUUCUGUUACAUGUUGGCAUUUUGACUCUCUAAGUAUGUAUGAUAUUUUAAAUUAUGUAGUUUUUCUUUAACUAGUCUAUAAAGUCAUACGUUUAAAGAAUUUAUUUGAUUAUCUGAAAACAAAAUGUAUUUUAUUAUUUUAUUCUGAUAUUCUGUUAAUUUUUUCUUCUUAUUAUAAACAUCUCUCAAAUGUUGACAUUUUAUUCUCUGCGGACGUAGUUCUCUAGAAUGCCUGGAUCUCAAACUUUGCCAAAUAACAUGAUCAUAUCUCCAUGCUUUUAUACAUUUGAACAUGAAACCGGCAGGAGAGAACAUAGAAUUCAUGGAGUUAUUUCCCUUUCAUUAAAAAAAUAUUACAUGCCAAUUUGUAAAUGCUAUUUAUUUAUAAAUGUUGCUUUUAGUAGGGUACUUAAUAGGUGUGUUAUGAGCUUUUUUAAAACUGCCAACACAGAUCUACAAUUUGUUAAUUUAUAAAUGAGAACCUUAUUCAGUUCGUGCCAAUGAUCACUAGAACUAGUUGUAUGUGAUUAGGCAUUUAGGCCUAUUAUACUUAACCUUGAUUGAUCUUUUUUGUACUUUUCUCUGUGUUACUUAUGCCUCUUUGGUUAGUCCUCAUGAUCUACAAGUUUAUUUUAAUUGUCAUGUACAUUUACCCUAUGCUUUCCUUGUAGAGAUUGAAAAAUAUGAAGAAAAAAAAAGUUAUAUUUUUUUAUGCAGAUACUGUUUUAUUUAUUUACAAAUAGUAAACUGUUUAUUUCUAUUUUUUUAAUAUCAUUCUAUUUAUCAUGUUAUGUUUAUGACUAUUCAUUUAUCACACUUCGCAAGAUAUUUGUCACUCAGACGUCUUUAGUCGUAGUCACAAUUAUCUUUUUAUCGUCAAUGAGGUAACCAUGGUUUCUACUCCUUCCAGUCAGAAGCUACCCACAUCGGUGUAUCGAGAGCUAGGCUGGUGCACUCCUUCCCCUUGUCCAACCAGCUGAUGAUCUUGUCUUUGUGAUCACUGAACAAUAGCUUGAAUAAUUUGUGAGAAUGUUUGAGCACCAACUCCUGUUGAUGGGCUGCAUGAACUUGUAGCAUUUGUUCUUUUUUUUUU